CAGCGUGCACCUCCGCUUUACGUGGCCUUGCUUUAAGUGCAUGUCACUUUAGUAAUACCAGCAGGAGCAAAACCUAGCUGGAUAGAAACCAGGGAAUGUGGCAACCCGGCACGUGGACAACAGUGAGCAAAAUGUCUUGUAGGCCACACGUAGAACCUCGAUGGGUCACAGGUUGCCCAUCACAGACGUAGCUUGUCUAGUAAAAACCGAUGAAAAUUCCCUGUUGAAGUUGUCCUGCAGGCAGGUUUUCAGGUAACAGUUUUCAGCCGUUUUCACCUACGUUCGCUUUGACUCUGGAACCUCAGGGUGGAAGGCUGUGUACCCUCUUAACAAUCCCUACCUUCUUUGACGCAGGCUUCAUGUUUUCAUCGCCGAAGGUAAAUCUAGGCUUCUGCUUUGAUUUCACUCUCUUCCCCUUGUUUCUAACCCCACCCAGGGCUGGAGCAGGUGAUGACCAUUCCUACCCUGCUCUCCCCAUCCGACAACCCGUGACCUCGUCCCCAACCACGGCGGAAUCCAUCAAGCCAACCCUCUGUAGAGUCAUCAUCUACUUACAGAAGGAGAUGUCUGGGGACACGUGCCUCACGAGCAUCUACCGGUCUUCAGGAGCCAAGCCCAAAACCUGCAGCUUCAAAGGGGGUAGCCUGGGCAACAAGUACGUGCGGCUCAACGUGGGGGGCGCCUUGUACUACACCACGGUGCAGGUGCUGACCAGGCAUGACACCAUGUUGAAGGCCAUGUUCAGUGGCAGGAUGGAAGUGUUGACGGAUAAGGAAGGGUGGAUCCUUAUAGACCGUUGUGGGAAACACUUUGGUGCCAUUUUAAAUUACCUCCGAGACGACACUGUCGCGCUUCCUAAAAACAGGCAGGAGAUCAAAGAGCUGAUGGCAGAAGCAAAAUAUUACCUAAUUCAGGGCUUAGUCGACAUAUGCCAGGCAGCUCUCCAGGACAAGAAAGACUCCUAUGAGCCCGUCUGUAACAUCCCCAUCAUCACGUCUCCAAAGGAAGAGGAGCGGCUCAUUGAAUCCUCCAUGAAACCUGUGGUCAAGCUGCUGUACAACAGGAGCAACAACAAAUACUCCUACACCAGUAACUCGGACGAUAACUUACUGAAGAACAUAGAACUGUUUGAUAAACUCUCGCUCCGCUUCAACGGCCGAGUCCUCUUCAUGAAGGAUGUUAUAGGGGAUGAAAUCUGCUGCUGGUCUUUCUACGGACAGGGGCGGAAGCUUGCUGAGGUCUGCUGCACCUCAAUAGUGUAUGCCACGGAAAAGAAACAAACCAAGGUUGAAUUCCCUGAGGCGCGUAUCUACGAGGAGACACUAAACGUUUUACUUUAUGAAACUCCACGCGUCCCUGACAACUCUCUGCUGGAGGCGACGAGCCGGAACCACAGCCAGGCCUCUCACAGCGAGGACGACGAGGGCUUUGAACUGCGCGACCGAGUGCGCCGCAUCCAUGUGAAGCGAUACAGCACGUACGACGACCGGCAGCUUGGCCACUAGCCUGCCGCUGGAGGAGAGCCGGUGUGCUUUGUUCAAGAACUUGAGGCAUGCACAGAGCUAGGCUGGGAAGCAGGGGGUGGGCCAGCAUUGAUCCUCAAAUGGUUUGGGUGCUUCCUAGAGAAGCCGCUCAGGAUCUGUGCGUGCAAACCAAAAGCAACAUUAACGGCCGGAGGCGUUUAGCGUCAUUGUGACAUGUUCCUUGCGCACCGUGCGGUGUUAGACAGCAGUUCUUCACAUGCUGCAACGAACUUGCCUGUGGAGCUCACUUGUUCGGAUACAGGUGGCAGUUUCUCUGUCCUGACAGCCACCAGGCACUGUGUCCUGUGGGAAGCAAGGUAUUCUUCCAUUUGCUGAUGGGUCGGUUUGAAACCCCAUUUCCAGAGACAUAAGAGCUUUGUGGCAUGGAAUUCUUAAGUUUUAAAUUUCUGUUACCAAGGCUGCCCCGUACCAUCCUAACCGUAGUUUAGCAUUCGCUUUGUCUCGCUAGCCAAGUAAAUGGUUAGAUUCUUGUGGCAAGAGGAAGGGCGUUUGCCCUUUUGUGCAAAGAUCACCCUUGGUUCUAAAACAGCGUAACCUAGCUCACUGUAAGCCAGUCGUUUAGGAAUCAAGCUGACAGAUGGUCCACAUGGGGGAAAUUUAGAGAGCCAACAUCAAAUGAUGUGAUUCUUAAGAAGAAAAAGCCUUGAAGAUGAAGGGUGUGGGUGUGGUGAAGCUAACAGGAAAAGAAAGCCCUGGUGAGAUCAUGGUAAGGUGUGGGCUCUACCGUUCCAGCCUUUGGGAGUGGAGAGAGCACUGUGUUAACAGAUCUUGGGGAUCUCUCUAGAAUUAGUCACUAGAUCAAGAGGGCCCCAAAGCAUUGCCAGGUGUCAUCUUUCCUCAGGCUAGGACAAAGCAGGCUUGUUGAGGGAAAAGAACUAAGGUAAAGUGAAGACCAAAGGACGCUUCUUAGCAUGCUCGCUCCCACACCACUGGGGUUGUCCAUGUGCCUCUGUUUUAAGCCCCUCUGAGGUAUGGAGCUUGGAGUGCAGGGAUAAGAACGGCUGUUACGCUUUGUUACCGAGUGGCGCUCUGGCUGUGCACAGCCCAGGGGGAGAGACUUUGAUACUGAAUUUUAAACAGUUCCUUCCGCUGACUUGUUCUAUAAUUAUGUUUUAAGAGAGACUCUUCUGUGACUCACGUGGUUUUUUUUAAACGUGUAUUUUAAAAAAGGAGAGGUCACGUGCACUCUGUCAAACGGUUCCCUCUCCGCUUUGUACUGCAAUGUCAACUCUCCUUGGACUUCGGGUGAUUUGGGCUUGAGCUUUGAUCAUACACGUGCUAUCCAGUGAGAGAAAGCGACAGUCCCAACUUGCUCGGUAGCUCAGCUGAAAGCUUACAGGCUUCAUUUUUUCUGAAGUUCUCAGCACCCCCAAGUUUCUCUCUUUCCCCCUUGAGGACAAUUGGUGAUCCCAGAUUGGCAAACAAUGGGGUUUGCUGACGAACCAAGUCAGCCAACUUUAGGCGUCUGAUCUCCGUGGUGGGUGGUUGUUUUUUUGAGUGGUGGUGGGGGGGAAGCUACUGCACAUAGGAGACGAUUAUAUAAUGUGCAGUUAGUUGCAUGCCCUCGUUCAUUAUUGCAUCAAGGAUUGUUUUAAUGCAGGGCGGCAAUUUGUCUAGCAGCCAGGAAUUAAUUGUCAUCCGUCUAGACUGGCUUGUUGCUUGCCUGCCUGUGCUGGAUGGUAGGAUUUUUCCAAGCUUGACUUUCCAGUGCUUCUGUGAGACAUUUUCUAUUUGCUUUUCAAGGUUUCGGGUUGCAAAGGAGAGCGUGUUGCAUGCCGUCCAUGAGCAUCCGCAGUGCCGCAUUUCAUUUUGCUAAACUCAGUGUGCUCAGUGGAAGGCAUUUGAUUCCCCAUUAAAGAUCAUGGGAGCUGUGCAGUCAAACCAGCCUUUCCCACAUCCCGCUGUGGUAUUAAUCACAUAGGGCAAACUUAUCAAGGGCACUGGAGAAUUUGGAAUUAGUGUUGGAGUUGGUGUGACUCGCUGGUGUAGCUGGACUGGUGCCGAGUGCAAAGCAGAAAGAAGAGCUUGCCUGGGUUUGCACCAAUUCAUCCGACCCUGGUGAUAGUAAUAGGUGCAAACGCCUGCCAGCCUCAGCUUACGCUUAGACAUCAGCAGUGGGGCAGCUACAUUGGGUUGCUGGUCACAGAAGGCUCAAAUGGGGUAUGGGCUUGGUGUAGAAAUGAUGUUUUGGAGACAAAUCCAAGCAAGCUCCAGUGUCACAGGGUCCGACCUUCGGUUAACGAUCAGACUGGAUGACUUAUUACUGUAUCAAAGGAAAAACAAGGUUUGUUUCAGGGGCCUUUUAAAAUAUGUAUAUAACUGCAGCAGGUGUGGGGGUUUUAUUGCCCGGAGAGUAGUUUGUGGGAAGAGCAAUGAAGUUCAGAUGCUAGACUUGCCAGCCUUCCAGCGUAAUAAACCAUUAAAAAACCUGAGCUGCUCAGCACUUUAGCAUGGUCCGUCUCCCAGGACGAAGAUCCCAGUCUACAGCAGUCUGGUUAGAUAAAAGAUUUUGAAUAUUUUAAUUAGCUUUUUCUUUGACAAUUCAUUAAAUGGCUGUGGAAUGUGGUGGUAAAAAUGCUUUCAGGUUGCAGUGUCAAGUAUAUUUUAUUUCCUUACUUGUAUUCAGGAUACAAACGGAGUAAGCUAGCUAAUUGUUCUAUUUAUUAAUUGGCAGAUAACAUGCAUAAACUUGGAUAAUGAGGAAAAAUGUAUAAGCACAUUUGAAAAGUUGACCUUAUUUUGGAUGCCCUAGUUUGAGAUCUUAAAUGAGCUUGAUUUUUUUUUUAAGAGGCUGGUUGGUUAGUCUGAGCAGAUUUUUUUUUCUUUGUUUGGCGACUGAAAUGAAAAAUGGGGGGGAAAGGGGGGAGAAUUUAUUUCAAACCAAGAUGGAAUCUUUUUGUGUGUUGUCAACAAAACUGAAAAAAGAAAAAAACAUUGUUUGUCUCAAACAAAACAUUUGGAAUGUUAUUUCAGAGUGACACCUCAAAAUAGUGUCAACACUUUCUAACAUUUCCAAAUAUUUUUUCCAGGUGUACUUUUGUUUUUGUUUUGUUUUUGGCCAGAACUAUUUGCAACCCAAAUUCACUAAAAGUUACAGAGCUGUCCCUCCUCAGGCAUUUUUGACACAAUUUCUAUUCAUCCAAAAACUUUGCUUCACUCUAGGUAUGACCACAAACCAUUGCCUGAUGUGGAGAGCCUUGUGGUAAGCAUGCUGUACCACUGGUUUUCUCAGUAUCCGCUUUUUAGAUAAAUGGGAGACUCCCAUCUCCUCCAGGGUCACUUUUCACCAGCCCUAAACUCAUUUGCACAUUUAAAAGUAAAAUCCCUUGGGAUUAUUUUCCUGUGGAGUCUUUUAGUUCACAGUGACAUGCUGGAAUGUGCACUGCCUAGAUAGGUAUUUUGGUGGGAAGAAAUACUUAGAAAGAAUAGAGGAUCCGUCUAUUUUUUUCUUUUUAAAACAAGAGUGAAUGUACCUCUUUGCAGGGCGUUAGCUGCUGCAGAUUGUCUAACCUUAUUGUUUGGCCGCUUUUCCUGCAUCUGGAACACGAUCUCUUAAUUCUCCUCACCUUUAGCAGGGCUUGCCGCCACAGUAAGGCAACUGCACCUGCCUUUUUAUGAAAGGCCUCUCUCAAACACUAUACAGAUCAAUAGCCUGGUUUUAUUGCUUUCUGAGGUGGUUUUUUUUGUUUUCCAGAUGGUUUUGACAUCAUGCCAGCAAAAACACAGCUGCUGAGAUUUGUUUUGACUAAGGCUUUUGAAAUCUCUGAAUUCUGGUAAUUUAAAAAAAAAAUUCCCCCAUAUUGUAACUUUUGAAAUACAAGUUCUGUGAAUCAAGGAACUAUUGAGGUGGUUUCUUCCUUUGUUCUGAGAAACUAGUGGGAGCAAUUGGUGUGGUUCAUGGCAUGGUUAGAUGACAUGUUAAAAUGCCUGUGGCUGGUCAAAACUAGCAGUGUCAUUGUUACAGACAGCCCCAGAGAUAGUCCAGUGGUGGGAGAAUAUCAGAAAAUCCUUCACUUUCAGAGAGAAAGCUAGGACUUUGUGCUAAGAGACCUUCACAGUGUUAAAUGAUCGUAAUACUAGAUUUGCUAAGAUAGUACUGUACCUAUAUAGAACAUAGACUAUACUAAGGGCCUUACCUUGUUGGACAGCUUUCCAUGAAGUCUCACUAAAUCCAAAUGCAGGAAUAGGCAGUGCCACUGUUUCCAUAUCGAAUCAUUUGGAAACUGUUUUUAAUGGGUUGAAUGUUCUAACAAAAUUCCUGUAUAUUUCAAUGCAGAAUGUUAGUUGAAUGUUCUUUCAUUGCACCUGAACCGUGACUUGUUGAUUGUACAGUAUGACUACCUGGUUUUGUUUAAUAGUAAUAGUUUUGAUGUAACUUGUGCUCUGUAUUAUCACUUUAACCCUCUAUUUCCUGAAAAGAUGUAAAUUGCUUGGAUGCUGUUGAAUCCUAGGUUAUGUUUUCUGACAUGAUGUAAUUGAGAACAAGUACCAUUGUGCAGGAUCAUGCAGCUUUGAAAUCAUUAUCAUACUAAGCACAAUCUUUGCUUAUUUAUAGUAAAAUACCCUUUGCAGGGUUGACAAAGCAGCCAUUCUUGCUGAGAAUGUUUUCUCUGCUGUUUUUUAAAUAGCAGUUAUUAUGAUCUCCCCAUUACGACAGUGUUGCUUUUUAAUUUGAGGCAUUCACAGCUGUGCAUUGAGAGAUCUGUAAUAACUUCCUACAAAGACCAUAAUCACCUACGUUUGCAUUUUAUUGCUGUGUCUGUGGCUCUAAAAUAGCCUUUUGGAGGAAAAGAAGAGAGAGCCUCAUUUGCAGUGUGUGAAUUUUAACUAUACCAGCAAGCCGUCAUUAGCUGGUGCUUUCUUUUUGAAGCCCGGCUAUAAUCUACACACUUGUGUUUAAGUGAACUUUAUGCAUUCAGGUUAUUAGAGAAUGAAUAGGAAAAUUAACUGACAUUUGUACAUGAAGUCCUUGACAGGGGACUGUUGAUUUGGCAUCUGUGCUGGGAAAGCUGUAUUCUCUGAAAUGGGGUAGUGAUGAAUUGCAAAUGGCCUCCUUUCUCCAGGGAGGGAAGCUUGGAGCUUUCUAAACAAAUGUCUUACGUUGAGCAGCACUUUAAUAUAGGUUUUAAUUAGGUGAUAACAUCAGCUGGGACAGUGUUGCAGGGAAGCUGUCUUCCACUGCUUGAUAAAUGCCGAGACAGAACAAAAUAUUUAACCUUUGCCUUGACAUUUAAGCUUCAGAAUGGGAGACGUGUAUCCCCUGGUAACGUUCCAUUUCGCUGACUUUUUCUCUUGUACCGGAUGAUUAAAAAUAAAUAAAUAACCCCGACUGGUGGGGCACUGGAGUGACUGACGCUAGGCUAUUUCUGAGAGCUGCAUUCUGGCGGGCAUAGAAAAUGCUUGUUUUGUUCUUAAACAGCCAGAAACCGGAGUAAGUUUGGUUUUGCUGAAUACUUUUGACUAACUGAAUUGUGUCCUCUGGCAAUCCUUUUGCAUUUUAAAAAAAUCUCCCGUAUAACCAAAUAUCAUACCAACCCCCUUUUAUUAGGGCAGCUGAGGUUUUGCUGCGAGACUUCUGCCACUGACUCAGUGUGUGACCUCCGACCUCGGUAAGCCUCAUUUUCCUCGCCCAUACAAAUGGGGUGAGACACUCCCUACCUCAGAGGGGUCUUGAGGUUUAAUUCAUUGAUGUUUUUCAAGCCCCUUGAACUACUGUAAUUUUUUUUUUAGCGGCCGACAUCAAAUUAUUAGGGUGACUCUUCAUAAUGUCGCUGACACUCUAUGAACAAGCUGCUUUGUGAUCACAGGAGCUUUCAUUUUGUUCUGGAUUUUUAGUCUUUUAAGGGUCAGCCUUGCAAGGGAAAUAGGUUGAUGGAGUAAGCUUAUUAACCAAUAACAUAGUAUUUUCCUGUGAUUUCUCUCAGUGCAUUGAAUGGAAAUGGAUCACUAAUUUUUAAUAAACUGUUAUAUUUUAA